GCUAUGGAAAGAUGUAGCCAUCGUGUCUACACCAAGGGGCAGGGCCUAUACGCAAAGCUCUUAUGCUCUUCCUUGGUGUGUGUGUGUGUCUGUGUAGAGUUUCUUCAUGGUGUGUGUUCCUGUAGCCACUGUAAAGAAGAAAAGGAUUAGGGCGUUCGUGCGCCCGUGGCGGCGUUCGUGCGCCGGCCGGAAAAUCUUGUGUCCACUGUUCUUCUUCUUCCACCUACGUUCGAGUGAGAGCAGAGGUAGCUAGAGGGCUGCGGUUCCAACAAUUGGUAUAAGAGCCACAAGGUUCGAGGGGCGGCCGUGGUGUGCGGUGGCGUCCGCGGCGAGCGCGGCUGACAUGGAGGCAUCGGCUGCGGCGCGCGGCGAGCGCGUGGCGACGGCAACGCGCGGCGAGUCCACGGCUACGCGGUGUGAUGUCGUGCGCACGAAGGGCACGGCGGUCGUGGAGACGAAGGACCUGCGUGGUGGCGCAGAGGUCGCGACGGCUCGACGCGACAACCGUGGAGGCGCGUGGCACGGAGACACGGUGUGGCGGCGCAUGGAGCUGCGGGUUUCGGCAGCGGCAACGAGUGGCGCACGAUGGGGCGCAACGCGGCGGUAGUUGCAUCGGCGGCAGUGCGCCACAGCGGCCGGCGAAGUGGCCGCGUUGCACGGCAUCUGCGGCGGCUCGUGCUGGAAGGACACGAUGGCGUCGGGCGGCAGCAACCAUGGCGACGAGCUUGUCGCGUCGGGCGCGUGUAUGGGCGCGCGCCGGGCGUGUCGGGUCCACGACGUCUGGUGCAGUCGGGCUCGUCGGGCGCGUUCGAUGCGCGUGGGACGUGCGGGACGCACUAAUGCGGUCGGCAUCGUUGGGCGCGUCAGGUGCGCGCGAGACGUGCGGGACACAACGGCGAUGGUGCGAUGUCAUCGUCAUCAUGAAGAGUUGCUGUGAAGCCAACAAGUGUUGCGGUGCGAUGCUGCGGCAAGGUGCGAGUGUACGGCGCUAUGAUGGCGUCGGCGGCGGGGAGAUGGAGUUGUGGCGCUGUGAAGGCGUCAUCAAUCAUGCGGUGAAGCUGCUGCACACAUACGGCAAGAAGGAUGCAUGUACAACUACACGGACUUCAGCGCUGACUCUACUAAACCUUAGUAUCAGGGACCAAACAAAGAGGGGAGAAUAAGUCAAGAAGCAGGAGAAGAACAUGAAGGAGCUUACUAUGGUUCCGUGAGGCUGGCCACAGAUCCAAAGAUAGCGAGGGGGCAGAAUCCGAGCCGUGCGACAUGCGAGAACUGAAGUCAUGGGCAGCACGAUCAGGUUCAUGGCAUGCAAUGAGCGAGCAAAAUAAGUAGCAGGACACCGGGUCGACCUUGUAGAAUAUCAAGGUUAUUAGAACCGCCCUUUCUUAUGAUCAACCUUUAGUUCUGAUGCUUCUCAAG